CUUAAAUCCUACAUUCUACAAGACAUAAUAGCGUCAAGAAGAUAUCCCAUACUAGCCACUGCAGUAUGGGGCAUGUUUUUUGACGGCAUUCUGCGAGACAACCUCCUCACUAUUCAUCACAGGAAUGCAUGAAACGUCAAUCCUUCGUUCCAAAAUUUUACGAUGCAAGGUAGCUAGAUGCCUAUUCAGUAUGGGAAGCGACCGAGGUCGGUUGGGACGUGGUAUGUCACAUCUUCUAAAAUGAUUAUCUCUUUAUUGUGAUCGGUUCUGCUUAUAUAUCCGAUAUCGUGAUUUCCGGAUUUUGAGAUAUAGAUACAUGUGUCAAAGGUGUCCUCUACGUACUCAAAAUGACUCUCCAAGUACUUAUUGUUGGCGCCGGCAUCAGCGGUCUAUGUACCGCUGUCGCACUUCAGCAAGCCGGCCACUCUGUAAAGGUCUUAGAGAAGUCUCGGUUUGCUGCCGAAGUGGGUGCUGCAAUUCUCGUAACCCCUAAUGGGGCGCGCGUGCUAUCUCGCCUGGGUUUCGAUUUCGCAAAGGCUCGAGCUGAUGACAUGACAUGCUUCGAGGUAUUGAAUGGCGUCACGCUAGAACCCCUUCACCGUGCAGAUUUAAUCAAUGCUCGCGAGGAAUUCGGGGCGCCCCUCUAUACUGUGCAUCGUGUAGAUUUGCACAACGAACUUCUGCGUCUAACCUCCACUUUAGAUCUUGAAUUAGCAUCUAAAGUGGUCGCAGCUAAUGCCGAAGAAGGCUUUGUUGUACUAGAGGAUGGAACAAGGCACUAUGCGGACCUCAUCAUCGGUGCUGACGGUCUACAUUCCGUUUUGAGGGGCGUAGUGCUAGGAGACGAAAAAGCGACGAGAUCUACUCCCUCAGGACUAAGUGCAUUCCGGUUUAUGAUACCAACAUCUGACCUACAGGAUGAUCCACACUUUCGCGAGUUGCAGAAAGUAAAGGGGAAGGGCAACAGUAUUCUAGCAGAUAUAACCUCUCAGACAGAACGACAUAUGGUGUGGUAUACUUGUCGAAACGGGCAAGUCCAGAAUUUCGCGGGUAUUCAUGGAAGUACUCACGGCGAUGACACGGAUCUAAAGUCUCUCAUGCUAAGAGAGUUUGGCCACUACCACCCUAGUAUAGCUCAUAUCAUCAACGUAGCUCCAAAUGUCACCGACUGGCCUCUUUCCUAUCAUGAUCCGCUUCCAAUUUGGCAUCGAGGGAAAUUCGUGCUAAUAGGGGACGCAGCCCAUCCAAUGCUCCCGUUUGGCGCACAGGGCGCAAAUCAGGCCAUAGAAGAUGCCGGGGCUUUAGGUGCUCUUUUCGGUAAUGGAGAGUCGGUAACGGAUGUGUCUAGUCGUCUCGUUACGUACGAACAAGUCCGUAGACUUCGCGCAUCAAGAAUUCAAUCACUAUCUAGAGUCCGCCUCGGCAAGGAAAAAGAGGUUGAGGAUCGAGUUCGCCGUUAUGCUGACCCUCCAGACUCUGAUGUACCGACCUCGUUCUCCGCACGUUUGAAGCAUGAUUACACCGUUGACGUAUUUAAAGUGUGCAAGGAGGCAUUAGCUCUGGAAGGACUAGAGCCUAAGAAUUGAUCAGCAGUACCCUCACUAUCAGCCUGAUACUUGAUUGGUCUGUGAGGUUUACAAAGGUAGCUUAGUUACAGGGUUCUACAAAUAGCCUGUUUUUAGAUGCAAAAUAUGUAUCUAUGACACCGUUAUAGAAUAUAUUGUGAUAGAAUAGCUAUUAGUAUUCAUUAUAUUCAACCCCAAGUCACGACUACUUUAGGUACUUGAAGAACAAGUAAAAUGAUGGCUGACUGGGUCAGCACAUAUUUUGGCAUACUUCGCAGAUUUGGUCCGAACAUGCUUAAUACAUAUAUCAGGGUUCCG